ACGUCUAAACCCAUAGACUAAAAACGCAAACCCGACUCCGGUUUUUGAAGAGCCUCUGUUCCUCCUCCUACAAACAAACCCUCGGAGGCUCAGAUUCUCACAAUUAUCGAAACCCUAAACCUAAUUCCGCCAUGUCUUACCAGCCAAGUCCUUCAAAUCACGAUGGAAACGACGACCACCGUAACCGGCGACUAUACAACCCUUACCAAGACCUUAAAGUUCCUGCACAAACCCUAUACAAACUCCCAACGUCCCCCGAAUACCUCUUCCAAGAAGAAUCCAUCGCUCAACGCCGUAGUUGGAGUGAAAAUCUCACAUACUACACCGGUAUCGGUUACCUCGGCGGCGCCGUACUCGGUGCCGGAAAAGGUUUAGUCGAGGGAGUCAAGGCUUCUGAAGCCGGAGAUACCAUGAAGCUUAGAGUUAAUCGGAUCCUUAACGCCUCGGGUCACUCUGGUCGACAGAUCGGGAAUAGGGCGGGUGUGAUCGGGUUGUUGUAUGCCGGUUUGGAGAGCGGUAUGGUUCAUAUUCGGGAUACAGAUGAUAUUAUCAACAGCGUGGUGGCGGGGUUGGGUACCGGAGCGCUUUAUAAGGCGGCGGCAGGUCCUAGAUCCGCCGCAGUUGCUGGCGCUAUUGGUGGAAUAACGGUAGGGCUGGCAGUGACAGGGAAGCAGGUUUUGAAGCGAUACGUACCCAUCUAAACCCUAAAUGGGAUCCAUUUCUAUUACAGUUUUGAUCUCGAGGUCAGACGCUUAAAAGCUGAUUGACGAUUUUUCGCAUGUAAGCAAAUGCAUAAUUCAUUUUGUGUACUUAAUCUUCGUUAUAUGGUGUUCUUUCAAUUAAUGAUUUUUAGUGACAAAUAAUACAUGCCGUUGAUGAUAUGGAAAAUUGGCAAAUUGCAUUA